ACGAGAGCCUGCUUGGAUGCGGAGUGGUUGCAUGGCAGUCGGUUGGUGUACCACAUUGAACCUAUAGGCAAAUACAAUAUCUAGCAUAUCCAUUUUUUAUGUUCGUUGGCAUUCAUCGGUUCGCCAUCAUUCAGGACUACACUUGCGAUUCCCCCAGUGAUUCAUGAAAUGACAGUUGCUUGCUAGUACACUCCGACUGUGAUCCCAACACCGCGAGCAUCCCUCCUGCCUUGUAGGCUUAUUAUCAUAAAGGAUCCCCGUAAAAGAAAAACCGUUUUUUAUUGCCCGGCUGUUACGAUGGAUGAAGACAAUCAGGUUCCCGAGGACCUGUCGCUGGAGGAGAGAGAUGAGCUGUCAAACAUCAGGCGCAGGAAACGGGAACUGCUCGAUGACAUUGAAAGGUUGAAGUUCGAGAUAGCAGAAGUCAUGACGGAAAUUGAGCAGCUCACAUGUGUCGGAGAGAGCAAAACAACACAAAGAAACAAACAGAUUGCCAUGGGGAGGAAGAAAUUCAACAUGGAUCCCAAAAAGGGGAUCCAGUUCCUCCUGGAGAACGACCUCCUGCAGCACACCCCAGAAGACGUCUCCCAGUUCCUCUACAAGGGAGAGGGCCUCAACAAGACGGUGAUCGGGGACUACCUCGGGGAGAGGGAUGACUUCAACCUCCAGGUGCUCCAGGCGUUUGUGGAGCUGCAUGAGUUUGCUGAUCUCAACCUGGUCCAGGCACUGCGUCAGUUCCUGUGGAGCUUUCGUCUGCCCGGCGAGGCCCAGAAGAUCGACCGGAUGAUGGAGGCGUUCGCCUCUCGCUAUUGCCAGUGUAACCCGGGGGUCUUCCAGUCCACAGACACCUGCUACGUGUUAUCCUUCGCCAUCAUCAUGCUGAACACCAGCCUCCACAACCCCAACGUGCGCGACAAGCCCGCCGUCGAGCGCUUCAUCUCCAUGAACAGAGGCAUCAACGAGGGGGGGGACCUGCCCGAGGAGCUGCUCCGGAAUCUAUACGACAGCAUCAAGAAUGAGCCAUUCAAAAUCCCAGAGGAUGAUGGGAACGAUUUGACGCACACAUUCUUCAACCCUGACAGAGAAGGAUGGCUCUUGAAGCUAGGCGGGAGGGUGAAGACGUGGAAGAGGAGAUGGUUCAUCCUCACCGAUAACUGUCUCUAUUACUUUGAGUACACAACGGACAAGGAACCUCGGGGCAUCAUUCCCCUGGAGAACCUGAGCAUCAGAGAGGUGGACGAGCCCAGGAAACCUAACUGCUUUGAGCUGUACAACCCCAACCACAAGGGUCAGGUGAUCAAGGCCUGCAAGACAGAGGCCGACGGCCGCGUCGUCGAGGGCAACCACGUGGUGUACAGGAUAUCAGCACCAACGCCGGAGGAGAAGGAGGAGUGGAUCAAAUCCAUCAAAGCAAGCAUCAGCAGGGACCCCUUCUACGACAUGCUUGCGACCAGGAAGAGGAGGAUAGCCAAUAAGAAAUGAGGGCCGAGCCAUAUCCACCCCAGUGUCCCCAUAUUUCAUGGUGGUCACCAGACACCCACUGCGCCCCGAGGUGCUGAUGUUGAACUGACUAAUAGAGAGUUCGGCUGGAGGGAGCCGGGUGAGGUGAUGAGAUGCACAUUGAGACAAUAGGGGGUUCAGAGACCUACCGGGAAGACCGUGCACCUCACCCGGCUCUGGUCUCCAUCAGACGCAUCAUGUGUAUGGUUACACAUGGAAUCAGGGCAGAAGUAACUCAUGCUCCCCUUUGGGCUGGACUCGGAUGUUGUACAAUCAAUUGUGGACCCAAGAUGUUUGCCAGACUGAACGGAAAUAAGAAGACUGACUGACUGUGUGGAUUCAUUGAAAUAAAAUACGCCCCGAAGAACACACAUGCAUGGCUGGAGUCAUUGACGAGGUCAAUUUGCUUUUGGGUGAUUCUUAUCCAAGCCGUCGCUGACAUCUAGUGGCUGAAAAGGGGAAUCUAACCGACCAUAUCCUGGUCUCACCCACUAAUACAAACAUAAACUCGCAGAGAUUGGAUUGGAUUGAAUGGGCAGACACCGUUGACAUCAUACCUGAUUUUCACACAUCCUCCACUUUAAAAUCUAGAUUUGGUUGUAUUUGCUUUGUCCUAUCUCAUGCUUGAUAUAAAGACGGAAGGGCGGAUACAAAGCUUACAUUUCAUCAUGCCAUACAAAAGGCAGUAGCUGUUUACAACUAAAUAUGGAUUUAUUUUGGACAAAACUUUGUAUUGUUAAGAUGUCUCAACCUUAUCUGAAUCAGCUGGUCUGAUUGCUAGCCUCUACAGUAACUUUGUAUGCCAAAUGUGACAAUAUUAAAUACAUAACUAAAUCAUAAACGUGAUAUAAAGACAUAGAGCCAUAAUUAAGUAAAGGGUGAAAUAGAUACUUCAAUAAAUGCAACCCAUGUAAUUUUCUAUAACUACCUGUUUUCAUAUUUUUUUGUGUAUUUAUUCAUUUCUAUGUGUAUUUAAUGUGUUUCAAUAUUGAAUUACUUAAUUCACGAUUAAUUUCAUCUCAUGCCUCAUCUUUCAACAUCCCCAUCAAAGGGGGGGGGGGGUCAAUGAUAUACCUACAUUAAUAUGUAAAUACAAAUAAUUUCAGUACAGUGAGCUCCAUCACCAGCAAUACAUAAGCUGUGAUUGUUUGAUUUGAACAGCAUUUAUUGUUUUUAUGUAACCAGCACAGUAUAGGUUCAGUAAAUUAUAUUCUCUGUGCAUAAUGUUCCAAAGCUGUACACACACACACACGCACGCAAACACACACAAAAACACGCGCAUGAAGUGGUCAUUUAUCCUACAACUCAUGACUCAAAGGCUGGCUGGCAUGAAAGAUAUAAGCUAUCCCCCUGCCCCAUGUUUUUUAAUACUUGGAAAUGUACGACUUAUGGCAUACAUUAACAUUCAAAACUGUUUACAUUCAUCCAUAGGUUGUAUCAUGAUAUUAUACAACUUUAAUACUGAUGUUGUCGUAAUAAUAUUACCCAAAUUAAUUUUUUACUUUUCAAUUACUUUUUGUAAUUGUUUAUUAAUGACCAAGCUUUACAUAAUAAUUUGUAUCUUUAUGUUUUAGUGCAUCGUCCAUGUUUUCUGUAUAGAGAUGAAUAAAGGUUACUGUUUUGUUAACACCA